GACCACUGCGCAUCGCCCUCCCCUUCUCGACGGAUUUUGGACCUCCUUUCCCCACCCAAAAAAGAGUCCUCCAAGAAACAGCCGCUCGGACCACGCGGAAGGAGGCUGGACUGGCAAGAUCGCUGCCCACCCCCGGACAUGGGAAGGAGUUUCCAGACUUGGCUGUACAGCAGCUGCCUCAUAACCUCAGUGCUAGGAAUACUUCCAAAGCCCCAGAAUGUAAGAAUGAAUUCAGUUAAUUUGAAGAACAUUCUGCAGUGGGACCCACCUGCUUUCUAUGAAGGAAAUGUGACCUACAGAGCACAGUAUGAGAGUUAUAGGUCAUUCGAAGAUAUGUGCACAAAUAUUAUCAUCACUGAAUGUAAUUUCUCAAAUAUUUCCAAGUAUGGUGAGUCCAAGAUGCGUGUCAGGACCGAAUCUGUAGAUGACUAUUCAGAAUGGGUAAACAUCACCUUUUGUCCUUUGGAAGACACCAUCAUUGGACCCCCUGAAAUACAAGUAGAAUCUUUGGCUGGUUCUUUACACUUACAGUUCUCAUAUCCAAAGAUUGAAAAUGAACCUAAUGUAUGGACGUUAAAGGAUUAUUAUUACUCAUGGAUUUACAGAGUGAUUUAUUGGAAAAAUGGCACCAAUCAUAAGUUUGAAAAAAAUGCUCCAUAUAACUCUGAAGCCCUUACUGAUCUGGAUCCAUGGACAGUUUAUUGUAUUCAAGCUCAAGGAUUUAUAACUAGUAAGAACAAAAGUGGAGAAUGGAGUCAGCCAGUCUGUGCUCAAACUACUGAUAACGGGUCACCUCCAUACUGGAUUACUAUUAUUGUUCUCAUUGUAUCCAUGAUAGUGGUUUUAAUGACGGUGCUUGGUUGUUUUUCUCUACUGUGGUAUUUCUACAGAAAAGCAAAGUACAUAUUAUUUCCUGGGUAUUCUUUUCCUCAGCCUCUGAAAGAGUAUUUGGAACAGCAUCCCUACAAUAUUUCAUUUCUCUCACCACUACCUUCCAGUGAGAGUGAAUCCUUUGAUAAAUUAAAUAUCAUAAAAGGAUCUGAAAACACUGCGCAUGAUACAACAGGUUCAUGUAACUAUUCAACAGAAGCAUUGCAACAAUCCCUACUUUCUGGAGAAAAAAACAGCUAGAUGGUCACAGCAAUCAGAAUGUUUGUCACAUCUCUUCCAAAGGAAGAUAAUAGAGUGAAAUACAGAGUUGGGCCAUCAGAUCAAACUCUGACUCAAGAAUUUUCUGUAGCUGAAUUGGUUGUAAUUUAAAAUGAUGUUUUGGAGAAAAUCCUGCAUUGCGGUUAUUUCCCACUUAGUAGGUUAUUAAUAGAAAACAAAAAGGAUGGUUUUGAGAUUUCUUCUUUACCAGCAUACUUUUUAAUGGUGCUCACCAAAUAAGUGACUAAGUAAAAAUCUGAAGGAAUGAAUACAAUCAAGAGUCUCUGAAACCCUAACUAAA